CCGUGUCCGGACCCGGCCGCGGAAAGUCCCAGUUCAAAGUCCUCGUCUACGUGGACGACACGGAGAUCGUGCGGUUCGACAGCGACGCCCCGAACCCGAGGCUGGAGCCGCGGGUGCCGUGGAUGGAGCAGCCGUGGGUGGAGCAGGAGCAUCCACAGUUUUGGGACUACUACACGUCGCUCAUCAAAAAGUACGAAAAGAUGUAUGGAGGGAACCUGAACAACCUGCGCGCCCACUACAACCAGAGCGAGGACGGGGCUCACACCUUCCAGGAAAUGAGGGGCUGCGACUUGAGAUGGGACGGGCGCUUCCUCCGUGGAUACACUCAGCUCGCCUACGACGGCACCGACUUCAUCUCCCUGAACGAGGACCUGGACUCCUGGACCCCAACCGACACAGCGGCCCGGAUCACCUGGCGCCAGUUGGUGGAGCUCCCUGCGGCAGAGCAAAGACAGAGAGUCCUAGGGGACAUCUGUGUGCACUGGCUCCGCCUGUUCCUAGAAAACGGAAAGGAGACCUUGCUCCAAACAGACCCUCCAAAGACACAUGUGACCUACCACCCUAUCUCUGACCAUGAGGUCACCCUGAGGUGCUGGGCCCUGGGCUUCUACCCUGCGGACAUCACCCUGACCUGGCAGCGUGAUGGGGAGGACCUGACCCAGGACAUGGAGCUUGUGGAGACCAGGCCUGCAGGGGAUGGAACCUUCCAGAAGUGGGCGGCUGUGGCUGUGCCCCCGGGAGAGGAGCAGAGAUACACGUGCCUUGUGCAGCACCAGGGGUUGCCUGAGCCCCUGACGCUGAGAUGGGACCCCCCUCCUCAGACCACCAUCAUCAUCAUGGGCAUCGCUGCUGCCCUGGGUCUCCUUGGAGCUGUGGUCACUGGAGCUGUGCUGUGGAGGAAGAAGUGCUCAGGUGAGCAAGGAGUGGGGCUGAGUUUCCUGUCCCCCUGGGGGUCAAGCCCAGGUGGAAGUGUGCUCUGCCUUGUUAUGGGCAUCAUGUCCCCACAUGGGUGCUUGUCCAUCUGGGGCCUGUUUGCUAACACUGACUCUUUAUUGAGGCCCCUGGGAAAGUGAGGGACACAUUUAUCACCUGGUGAUUCUAGUCAUGGGGACUGAUUCCCAUCUGUCAGAGUCCAGAGGGAAAGGCCCCUGCUGAGGACAGAUGUCCAGAGUGGUGGUAGGUCCAGUCCCCACACAUGUACUUUCCCCGUGUUUC